UCUCCUGUCUUGUGACCGGCGGACUCCACAGCCAAUCCGAACACACCAUCUGUAAACAUGGUGUCCGACUUCAGGUGGAGAUACGCGGUGCUCCUGCUCUGCACUUAUUUGCUUUUUAUUUUAGCAACUGACACGAAAGAUAAGACCAAGAAAAAGAAAGAUAUCCGAGACUACAAUGAUGCAGAUAUGGCACGGCUCCUGGAACAAUGGGAGGAGGAUGAUGACAUUGAGGAAGGUGACCUCCCAGAGCACAAGAGGUCUCCUCCUCCCAUUGAUUUCAACAAUGUGGACCCCUCUAAGCCAGAAGAGCUGCUCAAGAUGUCCAAAAAGGGCAGGACUCUGAUGGUUUUUGCUACAGUUUCAGGGGAUCCCACUGAAAAAGAGACAGAGGAGAUCACAGGCCUGUGGCAGGGCAGCCUCUUCAAUGCCAACUUUGAUGUUCAGAGGUUUGUGGUGGGUUCCAACAGGGUGAUCUUCAUGCUGCGGGAUGGUAGUCUGGCCUGGGAGGUCAAAGACUUCCUUGUGGCCCAGGAGCGCUGCAUUGACGUCACAGUGGAGGGACAGGUGUUCCCUGGGAAGGCUGCCAAGAAGGACAAUUCCAAAUAUAACCAGCAGAAUGAAGUCAAUGCCAAGAAGAAGAGCAAAAAGAAGACAGAGAGCAAGAAACCCGACUUUGAGGGGAACAAUGCCAGCAAUCCGAAAAAGGAGCUGUGAUGGAAUAACACAGAGGGAGAUGAGGAGUCACAGGUCCUUUCUCUUCUGGUCUAGGCAUGCUUAUUCUCAAGACCAAGAUCUGUGAGCAGUUAACUUAUGAGGGCCUACAGGACCAUGUGAAGAUGCAGUGUUUCAGAGUCGUUGGUAUGAGUGAACUCCUGUAAAUCCUGUUCAUUACAUUAACCUUGACUGCUGAGCUGGAAUCAUUACUCAGAGAUUUAUUGUCUUUUUUCCACCUCUCCCUCACUAGAACAUGUUGCAGUGAACAGAGUGGUAACAAGCUCUUUAAAAUCAGUUGUAACACCAGUGCUGACUAGUUUAGUUUUCUGUUGGAUUAUCAUCAAAUGAAAAACACUGCAUGCACAUCUUGUUUGAAAGGUACUCAAGGUAAGCAUUAUUAAACUUUUUUUUUUUCUGUGCCAAGAGCCAUGUUAAGUAGAGGAAGUGAUUUUCCUGGUAAAGACAUGGUGUAAUUCAUCAGACCUUCCUGUCCAGGACUUUUAGACAUUGGUCAUGUCCAGCAGCACUUCAAGAUUUGAUACAAAAAUAGCAACCACAUUUUCUGUUUGAUUUUUCACUAAAUCUGAAAAUAAACAUUUUUUUAUACAAUC